GCGAGCCUCUGGAAAAUGUCCGUGUGGAAACAGAGAGCAGUGAUUACGGUUCCGCCCUCUUUUCCAUCUCGUUCACCCCUCCUUUCCCAGCACGGUUGCUCUCCUCCCACCCAUCACAGUCGCCUCUUCGGGCCGAUGUGGGCCAUGGACGGGCUCGGUUUCGGGGGACAUCGGCCGAGGCUGCUCAGAUGAAACUGUUCCUCGGCUGGGUACUCACCUACGUGCUCUGCCUGGCCGUGGUGAAGAAGAUGUGGAGCAGCCGGUACCUGAGGAGUCACCUGAGUAGAUCCUUAUAUAUGAACAUGCUGAGCCAGAACCAGGCCCCUUACUGGGAAAUCAGCCACCAGUGGUAUUUAUGUGACAAAGAGAAAUUAAGGGAAGAGCUUCAACCAAUUUUUAUCCAGUGCUACUUGGACCAAGGGACCCAAACCUUCCUGAACAGGAGCAUUGAGAAGUCCGGCUGGUUGUCUAUACAGCUUUACCAUUCCUUCAUGUCCUCAGUCUUCAGCAUGUUUAUGUCUAGAACCUCCAUUAAUGGGCUCCUUGGUAGGGGGUCCAUGUUUGUCUUUUCACCAGAGCAGUUCCAGAGACUCCUCAAAGUUGGCCCGGAUUGGAAAUCUCACAGACUAUUGGAUUUAGGUGCUGGAGAUGGUGAAGUAACCAAAGUCAUGAGUCCACAUUUUGAGGAAAUUUAUGUUACAGAGAUGUCCCAGACUAUGAUCUGGCAACUGCAGAAGAAAAAGUACAGAGUACUUAAUAUUGAUGAAUGGCAGCGCACUGGCUUCCAGUACGAUGUCAUUAGCUGCUUAAACCUUCUUGAUCGCUGCCACCAGCCCGUGACCUUAUUGAAGGAGAUGAGAAGUGUCCUUGAGCCAACACGAGGUCGGGUUAUAUUAGCCUUGGUCCUGCCAUUUCACCCUUAUGUGGAAAAUGGAGGCAAAUGGGAGAAGCCAUCAGAAAUCAUGGAAGUGAACGGAACCGUAUGGGAAGAACAAGUGAACAGUCUGGCUGCCGUCUUCCAGGAAGCAGGGUUUGUUGUCGAAGCAUUUACAAAACUCCCCUAUUUAUGUGAAGGUGAUAUGUACAAUGACUAUUAUGUUUUGGACGAUGUGGUUUUCGUUCUCCGGCCGGUGUAGGAAGUUGUGUCCUUUUUUUUUCUUUCGCUUGGACCAGAAGAAUAGUUUGCCCAAGGCAAAUCAAUAAUCCUCGAGGCCAAAAUCUUCUUGUAUCUCCUACAGGGCCAUGUUUAUAUGACGGAUAUAUAAGUAUAUAUGUGAGUGUCUGUGUUUGUACAUGUACAGAAUCUCCAAUAGGAAUCUUUUUUUAAUUGACUCAACUGUGCUACCUUUUUCCAGCAAAAGUGAACAUAUUUUUUAUGUGACAGAACAACCGUCCGCUGCAUCAAACAAAUGUCGUUACAUGUUGUUCAAUGUCAGAAUUCAAUGUCUAUUACGAGAAAUCAACUCUUGCAAUAAAAUCUAGAACAUGAGAUGUCAGAAUCUUCCAUGUGAGAAAUCUGUAUGAUCUACAAGCCCAAAGCACAUGUUUUUUUUUAAUCAUGUCAAUAAAGCGUCCAA